AAGCUUGCAUGAGUUGCAUCUUGUGACUCUUGACCGCAAACACGCUUCUAGAAAAGGUCAUGUUUGUUUGCGAUUGCCAGCACUCGAUAUUGAUCUUGAUUUAAAUCUGCAUUCCUCCGCUAUACUCUUGAUACUGUUAGCUGCGGAAACACUGUCAAAAUGCUUGGGGCUUUGUGUAUCAAGUUUCUGUUUUUUAUCGGAGCUUUGCUCUCCUUUGCUGACCCAUUCACUGAUGGAUUGACUUGCUGGAAGUACUUUGAAGCGGGAGAGAUAUUAUGGUUCGUGUUGUGUUUAGUCUUUGUUAUUCUUCCAAGUUUCAUUUAUCUUGUGUUCUGGGUUUUCAUUCUCCCAUCAAAUGAAGACACAACAUCUGGACGAUAUGCUUCAAAACUCCGCUGUUGUAUCACUGCUGCCUGCUGUCCAUUCAUUCCUUGCUGUGGCAGAUUAUACGUAGUUUUUACUACAAAGAAACACGAGGACCAUCAACUGUAUAUUGAAGUAUUUAACUGUCUUGAAGUCGGGAUUGAACUGGCUCCUCAGUUUAUAUUACAAUUCUACGCAGCGAUGAUACAAAGCCGUGAAGUUAGUGUGAUACAAAUCGUUUCUCUCACCAUAACUUUCCUCCGUAUUGGCUGGUGCUAUGCAAAUGUUAAUGAAGAUUGUACAUUUAAAGUUUGUUUCGGUGGUUUGAUCAGCGUUGCUGCAAGAGUCUUUGCUUAUGCGUUAUUUGCUGUAGCACUUGGCCCUUGGGUUGUGUUAGUUAUUGCCUUACAUAUGAUAUUGACGUGUAUUAUCCAGCGAUCUCACAGGGUAAGAGCAUUUGGAUAUGUUUGUUUAUCGUGGUUGUCCUACACUCCAUUGGGCUCAGACAAGGAAAGCGAUGCUGAGCGACUCAAAUGGACAUCUCGUACAUUUCUUCAACCUAUAAUCCAUGUAUUAGAGGAUAUUAUGAUGGCGCUGUUUUUCUAUUUUUUUGUGAGCGAAGGUAGAACCUACCCGCAUCGUUUGAAGAUUAUGUUAGGUCUCAUUGGGGGGAGUUUGUUCGGAUAUGUGGUGCUGAGAUUGUCACAUUUUAUGAAAUGUCAAAGUGGAGAAUCUCAGGAGCAAACUACAGACAUUGAGGCUUGCCAAGGGUUGAAUAAGGCCGAUACGGAAGUCGAAAAACCCAGUCAGAAACCGGAGGGUGGAGAUGAUACAGACGGGGGGAGAUCGAGGUUUGGUUUUAAGAAUUGGCGACUAAGACGGAACGAUCCACCAGUUGAUGAAGAAGCUGGGGUGAAGGAAUCCAAGGAAACUAAAGAUACAGGAGGGGGCGGAGGGAUAAUCACUGGUCGUUUGGGGAAGUUAACAGAAUGGAAAUUUCGCAAGGGAGGAGGGAAGAAUGAAGCGGAAGUUGAGGGAGGGUCUGGUGCUGACGGAGGUUCUGGUGCAACCAAUGAUGGGACCGAAGGGGAAACCAGUGGUUUUGUAGGGUUUAGAAAAAUACGUAAUUUUAAAUUAGGAAGAGAUAAAAAACAAGAUGAACACAAAUCAUGAAAGUGAUGAAACUUUGAUAGAAUCAGGUUAAUCUUUACAUUCAUUUAUCUCAAAACCAAUCUCUCUAAAUGUCAUCACACUCAAAGAAGAUUAAUCCAUCAACACUCUUAGAUUUGGAAAAUAUUUUACAAAAAUUGUGUUAUCAUAUUAUGUAUAAAUUGUCAGUUAUUUAUGCAGAAAUUCUGUGUUGUAUGCCAUGUUUGCAUUCCACGUUACGAAACAACCGCUUGUUAAUUAUAAAGUUAUCAUU